GUGUAAGCCUCCUCACAGACAGCCUGCUUAACAUAGGUAUUGCCCACAAGCAUGCGCAAUAUCUCACUAACCUCACGUCUCACAGGCUCAUCAUUGGCGCGGGCCCUGCGGGGUAAGUUCAAGCAGCGCGACAUGACGCUUUCUUUUCCCCAAACGCUCGGUGCCAGUGGGCUGACGAUUGUGAAUGCUGGCGCAGGUUGAUGGCAGCUGCCUGGAUGGCGCAUUGCGGCGUUAACGCUCGUAUUGUCGACAAGAGAAACACAAAGAUCUUUUGCGGCCAGGCCGAUGGACUCCAAUGUCGCAGUCUAGAGAUCUUUGACUCGCUCGGCUUCGCAGACCGGGCCUGGAAGGAGGCCAAUCACAUGAUUGAGAUUUGCAUGUGGAACCCCGGCAAUGAUGGUAUAAUUCGCCGCAGCGACAGAAUCCCAGACACCAUCGUCGGCCUAUCACGCUUCCAGCAGAUCGUCCUCCAGCAAGGUCGCAUCGAACGGUUCUUCCUGGAGAAUAUCAAGAAGCACUCCAAGGACGCGAUCAAGGUUGAACGCGGGGUUCUUCCCGAGUCCCUUGAGAUUGAUCUGUCCAAGGUUGACGAUGAUGCCGCCUACCCAGUGACAGUCAAGCUUCGCACACUUAAUGAGGAAGAGUCUACCCCUCCUCAGGCUGUUAACGCGAGCAAGAUCCCUGACGGUCUGUUCCGGAGCAACUUGAUCCGGGACGAUGAUGAGGCAGACUUGAUUAAGAAGGCCCAGGACAGAGCCGGCGCAAGUGAAAUUGUUCACGCCAAGUAUGUCAUUGGCUGUGAUGGUGCUCGCAGUUGGACUCGGAGGGCCCUAGGAUUUGAGCUCGACGGAGAGGCUACAGAUUUCAUUUGGGGUGUCAUGGACAUUAUCCCCAUCACUGACUUCCCCGAUAUCCGCAUGCGAUGUGCUAUUCACUCCGCCGAGAACGGCAGUUUGAUGGUCAUCCCCAGAGAGAACAAGCUCGUCCGACUCUACAUCCAGCUUAAAGAGGUCGCCCCGGAUGCAUCCGGAAGAGCAGACCGCUCCAAGAUCACGCCCGAGCUCAUUUUCGGCGCUGCGCAAAAGAUUCUCAGCCCGUACAAGAUUGAGUACGAAUACUGCGACUGGUGGACCGCAUACCAAAUUGGUCAAAGAGUAGGCACCGAGUACGAUGCCCACGGCCGUGUCUUCCUCGCCGGAGACGCCGUCCACACCCACUCCCCCAAGGCCGGCCAGGGUAUGAACGUGUCCAUGCAAGACACAUACAACCUCGGCUGGAAGGUCGCCCUGGCCGCCAAGGGCAUCGCGAAACGCAACAUUCUUAACACAUACCAGAGCGAGCGCCGCCGCGUUGCCCAAGACCUUAUCGAGUUCGACCACCGCUUCAGCCGGCUGUUCUCCGGCCGCCCGGCCAAGGACGUCCUGGACGAGGAGGGCGUCAGCAUGGAAGUCUUCAAGGAUGCCUUCCUCAAGGGCAAUUUGUUUGCUUCCGGUCUUUCGGUUGACUACGGUGCCAGCAAUCUGGUCGUCAAGGCCGGCGAUUCGCUGAAGCAGGGCGAUGGUAGCAAGGUGCUCAAGUCUGUCGCCUCCAUCUCCGAGGAAGACUUCAAGAAGAGGCAGGCGCUGGCCACUGGCCUUCCCGUCGGUAUGCGCUUCAACAGUUUCAAGGUCCUGAACCAGGCCUGCGCUCGCCCCUGGCACUUCCAGGAAAGGCUCAAGGCUGACGGCCGUUUCCGCGUCGUGCUGUUCGCGGGUAACAUCCUCGAUGCGUCCCAAAAGGCUCGCGUAGACAAGUUCUGCGCAGCCCUCGACGCCCCCGAGCACUUCCUUCGCAAGGCCACGCCUACCGACGCUCCCAAUGACAGUGUCAUCGAGGUUUUGACUAUCCACUCCGCGAAGCGCACUGAUACGGAGCUGCUGAGAGACUUCCCUGACAUCUUGCAUCCUUUUGAUUCGCACACCGGCUGGGACUACAACAAGGUUUACGUUGAUGAUGAGAGCUAUCACGAAGGCUUUGGAGACGCCUACAAGAACUACGGCGUCGACAAGCAAAGGGGCUGCGUUGUGGUUGUGCGACCUGACCAGUACGUUGCGUGGAUUGGUGAGCUCGAAGACUUUGACGAUUUGCAAAAGUAUUUCGAGGGAUGUCUGGUCUUGGACCAGCCAGCUACAAAUGGAGUUAAUGGCACGAACGGGACUUCAUUGCCGGUCCGCUAAAGGUGCAUGGGCUCUUAGCCGUCGGCAUCUGGGGCCAAAGCAGGUAGCUCGUAGCUCACUGAGAGAUCGUGUAAUUAAGUACUUGAAGAUGAGAUCGUAAUCAACCGCUGCUGACGAACUAAUUCGCGAGACUUGAAUUUGACCGAGUGCAACUCGUUUCCACCGAUGAAAUGUCACCCAAUGUAGCAUUGGGCUUCGGAUAGUUGUCCUAAAAGUCUGACGGUUCAUUCUAUAUUCUGACGAAAAUCACUCAAUGGUAAGUAGCAAGACCAGUCUUAUUGGAGCGUGAAGCUUCUCCAUUCUAUACUUACAUUCUGGUAAUCUUCGUUCUUGUACAAAUCUCGGUGUAAUCUUG